UAAAAUUAAAAAAAAUUUAAAUUCAAACGCACAAGGCUCGUGAUUUGCGAAAAUUUUUUCUCUCGUCCCUCUUUCUAAACCCUAAUUUCUCUUUUUCAUAUUCGAGAAAUCAUUGUAAAAAACUUGAAUGGAUUUGGAUCAAUGGAUAUCCAAAGUUAAAGAGGGCCAGCAUCUGUUGGAAGACGAGCUCCAGCUCCUCUGCGAAUACGUUAAAGAAAUCCUCAUUGAGGAGUCAAAUGUGCAGCCUGUCAAUAGUCCAGUCACCGUAUGUGGUGAUAUCCAUGGCCAGUUUCAUGAUCUAAUGAAACUUUUCCAGACAGGAGGUCAUGUACCAGAGACUAAUUACAUAUUCAUGGGGGAUUUUGUUGAUCGGGGUUACAAUAGUCUUGAAGUCUUCACUAUUCUUUUGCUUCUUAAAGCAAGAUACCCAGCUAAUAUAACCCUUCUACGUGGAAAUCAUGAAAGCAGGCAAUUAACUCAGUGCAAUCACAUUUUGCUUGGAGUUGCUUCAACCGUGAUAGUUUAUGGUUUUUAUGAUGAGUGCCAGAGGAAGUAUGGAAAUGCUAAUGCGUGGCGAUACUGUACAGAUGUUUUUGACUAUCUAACACUUUCAGCAAUUAUAGAUGGGACUGUGUUGUGUGUUCACGGUGGUCUUUCACCUGAUAUACGGACAAUUGAUCAGAUAAGGGUGAUCGACCGAAAUUGUGAAAUUCCACAUGAAGGGCCAUUUUGUGAUCUCAUGUGGAGUGAUCCCGAAGAUAUUGAAACAUGGGCUGUGAGUCCACGAGGUGCAGGUUGGCUUUUUGGUUCCAGGGUCACAUCUGAGUUUAACCACAUAAACAAUCUUGAUUUAGUUUGUCGAGCACACCAACUUGUACAAGAAGGUCUAAAGUACAUGUUUCAAGAUAAAGGCCUUGUGACAGUAUGGUCUGCACCUAAUUACUGCUAUCGCUGUGGGAAUGUAGCUUCUAUAUUGAGCUUCAAUGAGAAUAUGGAGCGAGAAGUGAAGUUUUUCACAGAAACAGAAGAGAACAACCAGAUGAGGGGGCCAAGGACGGGAGUUCCAUAUUUCUUAUGAUUGCAAGGGAAUUUAUCUACUGCAUUACUUGUAAAAUUGUCAAUACAAGUAUUGUGAUUGGUAGUAGACGACUUUGAAUAUGCUCUUUACCUGUUUGCAGGUGAUCCUCAUGGUUGCUUGGCUAGAAUUCAAUCUGGUCCAGGAUUCUUUGGGAAUUUGUAGGUUGUGUAUUAGAGUUUAUGUAUGUUACUAUUGGUUAGCUUCCAUUUUCAUUCCAACGUGGUGUUUCUGAAUUAUUGGUUGGGUAUUUGUCAGCCUUCGUCAAGUUUUACUAAACAAUUAUUCAACAAUCAUUGUUUUCUUCAUAGUAAUUUCAAUUUUUGUGUUGCUUUA